AUGACCAACAGAACAAGUUUUGUUGAAAUGAAUGGACAAAACGUGGCAUUGACUGUAAACCAGGAGAAGGGAUAUCUGGUGACCCAUUGGGAGGAUGAAAUGAAUGGAGUAAAGAUACUCACUGAUUAUGUUACCCAGCUCUUCAAUAUUGAUGUAUUGGGAAUCACAUUCAAUCGUAAGCACAUUUGGAUGAUUGAUUGGGUGAAUACUGGACAACAGUCACAUGUCAAAAGUGUCAAUUGUGAAGACUGGAAAGACACUUUAACUGAAGACGAGCUGUUACAUAUACUGAGAGAUUGUCCCGCCUCGCUAGAAACUGUCAUCUAUUCAUCACCCCCUCCCAACUUCCAGUUUCGAGAUAAUUUCAGACAAAUUGAUUAUUUGUCCAUCAGUGACGGGUCAUGGGUGACAAUUGACAAUUUGCUCACAAUGGAUGGACGGGAGAUAAUGAUGUUCAAAUCUUCCUUGACUAAUAUUGAUAUAAAUACAUUUUUAAAGCAUUAA